CAGAGGCCAAUUGUUGAUGUCAGCUGUGGCUAGUGUGAUGAUGACACUCGGUGGUCCUAUCCCAAAUCUUUUACAGUAUAUACUUAAAUAUGCUACCAGUGGAAUAAAAAUGUCCCUUCCUUCAUAAAAGUGGCAUUUCGCAAAGUGUUUGGAAAAUGUUUCAUAACUUCUAUCUUUUUUGAUAAUCUAUAUACAAUUUUAUUACCUUUAUUUAGUGGGAUGUAUAUAAUUUGAUAAAAGUUUUUUGUCUGUGGAUGUGUGUUUGAUGAGAAUUUGUUUCAGUGCCUAUAAACUUUAGUUUACUAUAGUCUCAUAAAAAAAUAAACAAUGGCUGCAACAAGACACACUUUGCAGAGAGAAAUAUUUUCUCUCAGCGAUGAAAAAUUAUUAAGUAUUUGUCAUGUUAGUAAAGCAUACAAAAAAAAGAAGACAAGUUUCUUGUGCCUAGUGUCGACAAUGGAUAUUCCAGAGACUCAUGUUGUCUAUCAAGUUAAAAGAAGCAGUGAAAAAAGUGCUCUAAAAAAGAAGCAAUCAUGGCUUCUUAGUGAUAUUCAUACAGUAGAUGGAAUCAAUGUAGAUUCUAUGGAUCUUGAAAUACACGCUGAUAAAAUUUAUAAGUGGACUGCGACUAAUCCUCAAGAGCGUCAAAACUUUAUUAGUAAUUUAUAUUUCUUUUCAUUUGGAUUACCUCAAAGACCGGAUUUUAAAAAUAUUCCAAAAGAAUGUAUGACAACUGAAUUGUCCAGUGUUGCUUCUACUGACAACAAUAGUAAUGGAAUUAGUUCUGAUUUUUUACAAUCACCGAUGACCGCGUCGGAAUAUCAACCUAUAACGACCAAUAAAGAAACCAAGGAUCUAUCAUCAUUGAUGGUAAACUGCUACUAUGCCAUUUCCAAUGCUGAACUUUUUAUGGAAACGUUGUCAAAAGAUUUAUCAGUACUGGAUGGCGAGAACAUACAAUCCGUUUUGGCAUCUGAGCCGCAAGUAUCGCAGUUGAUGAACGACAUCGAGGUAGCAAUCGAAGAAGCCACGACCGUCGAGUCUCAGUUAAUUAUUUACGACGAGGCCCUAGGAAAUAUAAGAGAAGCCAUGGAGAGAGUUGGUCAAAAAAAUCAAGCUAUCCAUUUGGCCAAUCGGAAUGCUCGCCAAUUAUUGGAACAAUUGGAGCUGGUUAUUACUCAACUUACGAUUUCUCCGGAACACAUACAAAUACUCAACGAAGCCGAACUGCCAGGACAUAAGGACGAGCUUGCCAUAGCUGGAAGCGAAUUGCUCAGAGCUGUUUCUUUUCAAUUGCCGCUGGGCUUGGACAAACUCAGUGCCGUUUCCGAGCAGAGAAAGAAAUUGGACAAACUCAGGGUGAAAUUUUCUUUGCUGGUAGCUAGACACUUGAACAAUCUCUUCAUUCAUUUGGGUAACGAUAUCGCGGAAAGCGCCUCGACCCCUGGGAACGUCAUGUCGACAAGUUUCAGCUCUUCCGCAUCUGGAACUAAGAAAGAUUUCAAUUUGUCGUCACACGAGUCCAUACAGAAGGAGUUAGAGCCCUACACCGAACUCAUGAAACUUCUCCGAGUGCUGGACUCAAAAGCUUUUGUUCAAUUAACGAAGGUCUAUACAAAAACUAUGAGCACGCUUUAUCAGCGUAAUUUCAAGACAUUUUUCGAAGACGCUAAGGAUAGUUUGAUUGUCGGCCAUUUUCAACAGCAACAAAGUACUUCUCAUCCAUCGAGUAAACCCGGGAACAGCGCCAAUGCUAAAGGAGAUAUCGAAGCUUUUGCUGCUCUGACACCUCCGCUUUGUUUACUGGGAAAUGAACAAUGGUCACCCCAAGGAGAAGGCACAUUGUUAGAUUCAGUAUUGGACAAUGUCUUGUCUCAGUUGCAGCCUCUUUGUCUUGCCGAGCAAGCUUUUUGCGUCAAAUUUUUACACUUGGACUCGUUUUUGUCACCAACGACCAAAACGAGUCAACAGCCAAUUCGAGAUGAAACUGGAAGCUGCAGCAGCGGUUAUAGUGGCGUUGAUGAUUUAUGCAAUAUUCUGACUACGAGUUCAGGUUCAACAGAUUCUACCCAAUUGUCGAGAUUAGAAAGACAAGUUAAUGAGCAAGUCAGGGCUACAAUGUCUGCUAUAUUUCCUUCGCUUGAAACUGAGCUGAAUAGUUUAAUAUCAUUUUUGGAAAAAAUCGAUAGUUUCUGGUGCCUGUACGUCUUGGUGCGACUCUCUGAACACGUUAUGUCAGCCCAAGAUACAGGAUCGUUUUUAUCCAUGACGUUUGCUUCAUCUCUCGUCCACGCGAAACGAGCCUUUGACAAAUUUAUGCAAGCUCAACAGCAAUCUAUACUUGAUACAAAAGUUAAUCGAAAACACAAGUGCGGAAUACUCCCUUACGUUGAAAAUUUCGGUACUUUUGCCCAGACAGCGGAAAUGAUCUUCAAAAAUUCAGACAGAAAAGUGGAUUUAGAAAAGUGGUAUAAAAAAUUGAUCAAUACCAUGUUCGAUUCAAUUGUGUGUCAUAGUACGGAACAUCAUAAGACACCGCCAGAAGUUGUUAAAAUGGAAAAUUUCCACCACCUACAUGAUUCGUUGGCGCGGUUGAAAAUUUCAGUUUUGGAUCAUGAACGAAAGGAAGCAAAACAAAAAUAUCAGGAAGCUUUGAAAGCUUAUGUGACACGUUACUUUGGAAGACCUUUGGAGAAAUUAAAUUUCUUUUUCGACGGUGUACAAGCCAAAGUUGGAGCUGGUGUAAAAGAAUCGGAAAUAAGUUAUCAAAUGGCUUUUAGCAGACAAGAACUGAGAAGAGUAGUGAAAGAAUAUCCUGCCAGAGAAGUUAAAAAAGGACUCGAGCAUUUGUACAAAAAAGUGGAGAAGCAUUUGUGCGAGGAAGAAAAUCUAUUACAAGUUGUCUGGCGCGAAAUGCAAGGUGAAUUUAUUGCUCAAUACACCAACAUUGAAAAACUUAUUCAAAGGUGCUAUCCAGAUAGUAAUGUUACAUUGGAAUUUACCAUAGAAAAUAUUUUAGAAUUCUUUUCCGAAAUUGCUCAAUCACAUUAAAUUAUAUUUUUAAACAAAUUUAUUAUCUGUAACA